GCUUUCCGUUGCUAAUGGUAACAAGAGAUCCUUAGACAUUUUACUGCGACACAUAAACAGUUACCGACAGUUACAUAAAAUAACUCCCGUGUUGCAGGUGUUGCCUUGCACUUGUUAUGGAACUGAAUCAUUCGUCGUGUUGGGAUUCAAUCCAGGAGAAAGUGAGGCCACAUAUUCCAACAAUUGACUCUGAUGAUCGCUCCUCGUCUGAUAAUGAAGAGAUGAUCACUUUAUAUCAAAGACCAGCUGGUCUGUCCCUGAAGGUCCCUGAAGACUUUGACAGUUUUUCAAUGGGUGAUGAUAACUUCGAGCUGUUAAAGCCUGCAGCACACACACCCUGGUCUGAAGAGACUCUGGAUGAUGCUGAUGAUGCUGAUGCUGAUGAAAUAUUCAAAGGCCCUCCUGAAACACAGAAUUACACACAAUGCGUAAACACUGAUGCUGAGGGAGAUGCUUGUGAAGGAGCUGUUAUGGACUGGAACAGAGCCAAACAAGCUUCUGUGAAAGAAAAUGUGGUCAACAAAAAAUCGAAUGAGGGCUUUCCUGUUCUCUCUUUUGCGAGGCUUGACCAGUGGAAUUUAGACCAUGUCCUGCAAGAUCUGAAGGAAGGUGGACCCCCUCGACGAAACUGUGUGUUGGCUAAACCUAUGGAAACACAUGCAGGUGACGACAAAGUCAGAUCUGAGGGAAAUAUAAUGGAGAGACUGACUGCUUUCUUUAAAAGUCAGUCAACUCAGUCUGUGUCAGAGCCUCUGAAAAGUCCAAACCACAUCAGAGAGAAUAAUACUUGGAUUAAGUCGUCAAAUCUGCAGCUGAGCAACCAGGAUUGUCCCACUGUUCACAUUGACCUGCAUCGCCCUGAUCCUUUAACAAAAAACCCUAAAACAUCACUACCUGCAAAUAAUCUUCAAGUGCAGACUGAAUCCCGAGUGGGGAGCAGGGAAGUGACUGGCAAGAGUAUGCUGCUGCGGAAAAUAAGGGAGAUGAAAAGCAGUGGAAGUAGUCCACCGAUGAUGCAUUCAGAUUCCUUAUUUUCAGUGCAAGAGAAGCUACCUCAUCCUGUAGAGUCUACAAGUAGCCAUGAGGUGCACCAUCCAAGAGAAGAAGAACAAUCUCCACAUGCACAGUCUGAGCUCAGAACAACAAAGAUGAAUAGCCCAAAAGCAACUCAACAAAGUGUAAUCGAAGAACCCAAGCAGGAGAAUAACCAACACAGGCAACAAAUUGGGCCGACUUUGCAACAAGAACACCGAAAAAUUCUUAAGCAACUGAGAAAACAUUGUCCAACUAUGUCUGUCAACAAGAGGCAGCCAUCUGCUGAAAAAACUGAUAUUCUCUGUCAUAUUGAAGCAUCCUAUCUCCAGCCAUUCAGCACACUUCCAGCAGAUACAGGAAGUAAAGGGCGUAUGGUGCUGAUAGUCAACCUCUCCAGUCCUGGUGUGGUUGGUGACAGAGCUCAUGUGUAUCCAGCUGCAACCAAAUCACACAUCUACAACACUUUGGUGGCCUGGUUUCUGUCCUUAGUUGGCCCAGAGUCACGUCAUGCUGAAGAGGUUGGUACUGAAGUUCCAUUCUGGGUGGCAGGACUUCAGCAGCUGUGGACAGAAGACGGGCUGGCUUUGCAUGUUUUAGCGGUGGCUCAUCGCUGUUAUACACCAAAGAAAAAGCAGAGAGACAUCCACAUGCCCUUUUACAACCACGUAUGCAGGUUCCUCUCUGAGAGCACACUCCCUCUUAUUGCCCCCUGGCUCCCUCAGCUCCAGUCCCUGCUGGGUCGACAGUCUUAUGCUCCAACCAUCCACCUACCCGCUACUCGUUUAAGUUCCUUUAUCUCUACCAACUCCCAAAAAAAGCUUAUAGAUCAGACAUUUGGUGUGAGUCCAGGGUUUUACUGGCAGACAGUGGAGCCUCAGGAGAAUGUUUGUAAGGGGAGAGAUACCAACCAGGAGCUGCACACAGAGGUAUCAGUUUCUCUUGGUUGCGAAGCUGUCUUCCUGAAUCCACUCAAAACACACUACACUCUUCAGCUCGUUCUUGACUCUGGAUUGGAUGUGUGCGGCCUACGGCUCCUUUACCCACCACACAGCCUCCUUAGUGACAGAACUGGAGCUGAAGCAGUCACACAGGCAACUGAUGAGACCUGCCAUCCCGUUCUUGCCAUGGCUGUUCGAGGCGCUCAUGCCCACUUGGUUUUGAAAGACUUAACUACUUACUAUAACCAGUGCAGAAGUCAAUAUCCUUUAUUCUUGUCCUCGCCUUUACUAGUGAAUCAGGUCCACAGGGAGCUGUGCUUGUGGUUUUCAGGGAGACUUACACGAAAAAGUGCUCAAGCAAAGAUGCAACAUCCAGACGGAACUGUACCCCCACACAAAACAAACAAAGGCAGCAUGUUCAACUCAUGCAGAUCACCUUCCUCUCUGUGUGCUACAACAAAAGCUGACUUGCUCCUCAUGGUAUCUCCUGUUGCGCCACCGUGUUGCUAUGGUCAAGUUCUGGCUGUGUGUGAGCGCAGAGGUUUUGGUCUUAUGGGGCUGCAGAGGCUGGAGGUUCAGAGGCAUUGGGCAUCGGUCCUUGGACUUAAUAACCAGCAGACACCUGUAUUCUGCAGUACACACAAUGUGGUCCUAGAUCAGAAGACGCAGGAGCCCUCCCUCUGCCUGGUGUUGAUGCUGAGGAAAGAAAAUGCAGUCCACCAUAGUGUUCGUCUACCAGCAGCACUGAUGAGAGAACUGGAGGCACAAAAGCAUCUGGGCUGCAUCCACGAAAGACUAGACUUGGCUCCUACAGUAGAGCCAGCCUUGUGUUUCCAUACUGUGCCUUACAGCGCUGACCUCUUCCACAUCUUUGUUAGAUGCAUGUGGGCCGUGCCUGAUCCUUCCCAUGUGACUCUGUCCCGCCACAAGUGUUCCUCCACCCUUGACAUGGAGCAGGUGGUGAUUUUGGCCUUGGUUGGAAAGGACUUGAGCCAAGACCUGAUCCUCCUACACAGAGUGCUGACAGACAGGUCAAAAGGUGGUGCUUUUCAGCUCCUCGGCUUGAAGUUUCUGCCUGCAUUAACCCGACCUCAGGCUCAGGAGCUGACUCCAUACGAGGUGGGAGAGCAGCUCUAUAACGACAGCGUGAAUAAGCUGACGUCCUCUCCAGCCCUAGUGUGUGCUCUUAGCCGGGUCGAGGCAUUUGCUUCACUGAGGACACUCCUGCCACACGAUUACCCUGCUAACAUCAGAGUCCUGGCGUCAGCCACACCUGAAGUCGCUUUUAGACAAGCUUCUGUCUUCUUCCUUGAGCAUGAGAUGACUCCCGCUCCACAGAUACAGCUCACUGUGUGCCUCUUCAAGCCCACAAUCUGGCAGCACGCUCUGACUAAAACAGUCCACAAACUCCAGCUGAAUGGUCUCGUGUUGGUGGGCCUGCGUGUGUUCACUCUGGACAAAAGCACUGCCGCCUACGUGCUGCCUUCAGGAAAUGAGUCUGCAGAUUUGGAGGCUCAGGUGGAGGACCUGUGUUCUGGCUCCUCAUUGGCUCUCUGUCUUGAGGGGGAGGAUGCUGUGAGGCGGCUACUGGGUGUGCUGGGCCGCCCUGACAUGGCUUCUUCAUAUGAUGAAAUCUAUGGCUCAGGAUCGUACCAAACAGCCAUUGAGGAUGUGAAGAAGCUUUUUCCAGAGGGGCUCUGCUGCUCUGAGACCAGCACACUGAGACAGGAGCAGAUACUCAGAGUUUGCUCAGACUCUUUAGCCUCUGUGGAGCGGGAGCAGAGGUGUACACUGGCCUCUGUUGCUCAUGAGCAUCAGACACUUUUUAUGGACUUAGGACCACAUAAAGGGUCCCUGAUACACAGAGCUCGCUGGCAGACAACCUGUCUGCUGAUAGCUUUCGAUGCUCCGCCCCUCAGCCGAGCGCCUUCCCAGCUGGAACUGCUGGAGCAGCUGCUGAGGUCAGGCUGCUAUCUGGUGGCAGGGAGGAUGAGCGUGCUGGAUAAUGAGCAGAGGAAACAUAUCGCUGAGAUAGUGCAGGUUUCAUCAGGAGGAAAUGAAAGGAUGGCCCAGUUUGACAUUGCACCCUGUCUCAUCCUGGCUCUGCAAGGGGACACGGUCGUGACCUGCUUUGACACACUCCUUGAUAGCAUCAUCAAGGAGAGGCCAGACCUAGAAAAAGUGAGCAAAACGGUGAUGUACCCUGAGAGUGAAAAAGAGGCUGAGAAGCUGAUCUGCUUCCUGUUUGAUGCCUUGUCUUCAGAGAGCUCUCAUAACAUUGUGCCUCAAGGUUCAAAUCUGUGCACAUGUACAUGAUGAAGCUACUUCAGUUAGCAUUUUUAUACGUUUAAAAUAUGUUAUAUAUAAUUCUGAUUGUUGAAUUUUUUUGUAAUAUUCAGUGUUCCAAGAUUGAAUUUAUUAAAUAUUUUUAACACCC